AUGGCUGUUUCAUUUUCAUCUAUAGGUGAUGAUAAAACAUUUGUAUGUAAUUUCGAAGUCGCUUGAAAUACGUACUUGUUAGCAGGAAUUCUAAAAUUAUAUAAAAAUUUUACAAUAUACAUUUAUUAUUUUACGAGUCUAUCUUUUAUUUUUGGAGAUCAAUAUCCUGGAUUAAUAUAUUAAUAUCAUACGAUAUAUAAUAUCAUACGAUAUAUAAUAUCAUACGAUAUAUAUUAAUAUCAUACGAUACCUGGAAUUUAUAUUUAAAAUAUUUGGAGAAAACAUAUUUUUACGUUGAAUAUUAUCGUUGUUAUUAUUCGGAGUAAUAUUAUUGUCUGUGGGUACGUUACAAUUUUCUUUCAUAUCAGUGUCGAUAUGAUUAAAUUGCGUAACAUUCAUAUUAUUCGAUGACUGCAUAGAAUUUAUAUAAUUUGCAUCUUUUUUAAAUCUUUUGAUGAUAUUCUGAGUUCCCACAUCAAUUAUGGGCCUUUUUUUUCUUAAUAAAUCUGUGCUUCGAUAAUUUAUAUUUGGUCUGUGAUACUCUUUAGAAUGUCUGAAUCGAAGAAAACAAAACGAAAAUUAUCAGAAUAUGAAAAGCCCCAGAGUGAUAGAAUUUUUCUUACGAUAAAAGAUUUUUAUCAAUUUCUGAUUUUAUCUUGUUAAAAAAUUGAUCAUCAUCGUCUGUAGUUACAGUUGCAGUUGGAACACUUGGUUUUUUUUUUAAAUCUUGUCUAGUUAUGUUAUCAGAGCACAUAAUUCCUACAAAUAAAAUAGAAUACAAAUGUUUGGUUGUUCGAAUUAAUAAGUACGAAUUAAAGUUUUAAAAUUUUACUUGAGCUAAGCCUUUUUAAAUCCAUUACAUGACUCUGUUUGAACGUAGCAGCAUUAUUACGCAUUGCAACGCCGUUUAAAUUUAAAUUGUUUGAAUUCAUACGUAUGCCGCACUGCUCCAUUGUAUAUUCUGCAUGACGUAAUUCGUAUUUAAAAAUGAUAAUACCGAAUGUUACAUUUGUAAUUUAUAUACAAUUUAUAUAUAUUUACAAUUUAUAUUUAUAUAUUUAUAUACAAGAUCUUUCUCGCAAAUAAAGCCAUACUGACUUUAAAUGAUUUCGAAUGAUGAAUCACGUAGUACGUAUGACUACAUGUAUCGGAAGAGGAAGAUUUCACAUCUUUAUUUCUUCUGAAUUUAAAAAAAUCACAUGCAAUGCAAAUGAUAUUAUCGUUUUAUUUUAUCUCAUGAAACUUUCAUCCUAUCAUGCUAAAACUAUGAUUUCGUUCGAUCAUAGGAAAGGCUCAGUACAUUAACAUUUAUAUAGACGAGAAUAAUAUUUUUUGUUUUACCUAUUCUUUCGUUUACGCGGCAAAACAAUUAUUUCUAAUUUAAAAAAAACAAAUGUAUUCACAUCAUUGUUUCCUGUUUGUACUUGCAACUUAAUUUUAUUCUAAUGCAGCCAAAUGAAUACUUCGUCUGAUUUUUGUAUAUAUGAAAUUUAUUUGCAUUUAUUCUUACUGUAGUUACGCGAUUGAAAGUACGUGCCGUUUGCAAAGAAAAGAAAAAAAUAAAUUACGCGACAAACGAAUAUCACGGUCUUUUGCACUUUACUUCUGCGUGUUUUGUUGAAACUAAUUAAAAUGUAAAGAUAUGAUAUUCCGUUCGAGCGUGAUCACUGACUGUACAAAAUGCGCGGAAUAGCCGUUUGACGUUCAAAUAAUUUCUUCUAGGUUAACAGAGUUUCGUCAGAUUGAUCGGUGUACGCGAUAAAGGUUAUAAUUUUAAGGUUAUAAUCUUAAGGGAGUUUUAACUAGAUCGGAGCGGCAAACACGACGUUUAACACGAAUUCAUUCAUGCGAAUGUGAAACGAUGCAUUUUGUGACAGCGGUGAAUUUUAAGGUUCUGCCCGUUUUUCGGCAACGUAUGACAAACGUCCGAUCGUUCUGCAGAAAUCAUUGGCCAGCCUACGAGGAACUGUCGGUGCGACCGCAAUUUCAAAAAACAAAGCUUUGCGAAUAUCAUGGAACAUUCGCCAAAAGUAUCCACGUCCGUCGACAAACCGCAGCUAUUAUCUGCGUUAGAUCGUUUGCCACUAAACGAUACAACGACAAAGAUUCAUCUAAUAAUAAUGAAGAUGAUAUCGGUGAUCCAGCUUCAUUACCAGCGACAGUGGUUGUACCAGAAGUGUGGCCCCAUGUUCCUGUUAUAGCAAUCAAUAGAAAUCCAGUGUUUCCAAGAUUCAUAAAAUUAAUAGAACUUAGUAAUCCAAUUCUCAUAGAUUUAAUUCGUAGAAAGGUUAAAUUAAAUCAGCCAUAUGUUGGAAUCUUCUUAAAGAAAACAGAAGAAAAUGAAGCAGAAAUAGUACAAAAUUUAGAUGACAUUUACCCUGUUGGAACAUUUGCACAGAUACAUGAAGUACAAGAUUUAGGAAAUCGGUUGAGAUUAGUUGUAAUGGCACAUAGAAGAAUUAAGAUUGUUGGUCAAAUUUUAGAAGAACUUCCAAAACCUACUCAGGACGACUCAGGUGGCAAAGCAAGCCGUAGAUCAUUAAUCCGUAAAAAAACGGAAAACAAAAUACCAGAACUAGUACAGAAAAUUGAAGAAGUUAAUACUUCUGAAAAUAAAAUAAUAGAAGGAGUACAGGAGAAAGUUGAAGAAAAAGUAAAUCCUUCAACAGAUUCAACAGCUCAAACUGGCAAUCCUCAGCCUUUGUUAAUGGUAGAAGUUGUAAAUAUUACUCACGAGAAGUUCAGGCAAACUGAGGAAAUUAAAGCUUUGACACAAGAAUUAAUCAAAACAAUUCGGGAUAUAAUAAGUAUGAAUCCAUUGUACCGUGAGUCUUUACAACAAAUGUUGCAUCAAGGGCAGAGAGUUGUAGAUAAUCCCGUUUAUUUGAGUGACUUGGGUGCAGCUUUAACAGGAGCAGAUGCACAAGAAUUGCAACAAGUAUUAGAAGAAAUGGAUAUUUCAAAAAGAUUAAGAUUAUCGCUGGCACUUUUAAAGAAAGAAUAUGAAUUAAGUAAACUUCAACAAAAAAUUGGUAGAGAAGUUGAAGAAAAGGUUAAACAACAGCACAGAAAAUAUAUUCUUCACGAACAAUUAAAAGUCAUUAAAAAAGAAUUAGGUCUUGAAAAAGAUGACAAAGAUGCUAUAGGAGAAAAAUAUAGAGAACGUAUAAGAGAGAAAACAGUUCCAAAAGCAGUGAUGGAUGUGCUUGAAGAAGAAUUAAAUAAAUUAAAUUUUUUGGAGAGUCACAGUAGUGAAUUUAAUGUGACGAGAAAUUACUUGGAUUGGCUUACAUCUAUGCCAUGGGGUGUAACUAGUCCAGAAAAUUUAAAUCUUCAGCAAGCAAUUGAAAUUUUGGAUAAAGACCAUUAUGGAAUGGAAGAUAUAAAAAAACGAAUCCUAGAAUUUAUUGCUGUUAGUCAACUGAAAGGUUCAACACAAGGAAAAAUAUUAUGUUUUCACGGGCCACCAGGUGUUGGAAAAACAUCAAUAGCCAAAUCAAUUUCUCGUGCACUUAAUAGAGAGUACUUUAGAUUUAGUGUCGGUGGAAUGACAGACGUUGCAGAAAUCAAAGGUCAUAGAAGAACUUAUGUAGGGGCUAUGCCUGGUAAAAUUAUUCAGUGUUUAAAAAAAACCAAAACUGAAAAUCCACUUGUUCUCAUCGAUGAAGUUGAUAAAAUUGGAAAAGGCCAUCAAGGUGAUCCAGCAUCAGCCCUUUUGGAAAUGUUAGAUCCAGAGCAAAAUGCAAACUUCUUAGACCAUUAUUUAGACGUUCCUGUUGAUUUGUCAAAAGUGCUUUUCAUCUGCACGGCAAAUGUGAUUGAUACGAUUCCAGAACCUUUAAGAGAUCGUAUGGAAAUGAUAGAUAUGUCAGGUUAUGUUGCAGAAGAAAAACUUGCUAUCGCUAAACAAUAUUUAGUACCGCAAGCGAUGAAUGAUUCAGGCCUCACUAAUCAACAGAUCACUAUAAAUGAUAAUGCGCUAAAUUUGUUAAUUAAAUCUUACUGUCGAGAAUCGGGAGUAAGAAGUCUUCAGAAACACAUCGAGAAAGUUAAUCGAAAAGUUGCGUUCAGGGUGGUUAAAAAAGAAACAGAAAAAGUAGAUGUAACUGAGCACAAUUUACAAGACUUUGUAGGAAAACCCGUGUUUACACAUGAUAGAAUGUAUGAAAUUACGCCUCCUGGAGUCGUCAUGGGUCUUGCAUGGACAGCUAUGGGAGGUUCUACUCUGUUCAUUGAAACAAGAGUGAGGAAACCUUCUACAGGAAAGAAAUCAGAGGGCACCUUAGAAUUCACCGGCCAUUUAGGUGAUGUGAUGAAAGAAUCUAUUCACAUAGCUAUGACGGUUGCAAGAAACUUUCUGUCUCAACAAGAUCCAUCUAAUACUUUUCUGAUCGAUUCUCAUCUACAUUUACACGUUCCUGAAGGCGCUACACCAAAAGAUGGUCCCAGCGCAGGUAUCACGAUCGCAAUAGCAUUGAUUUCGCUUGCUAAGAAUCAAUCAAUUAGACAAAAUGUUGCAAUGACUGGUGAACUAAGUCUCAUGGGUAGAGUUCUUCCUGUUGGUGGUAUUAAAGAAAAGACGAUUGCUGCAAAACGAGUUGGUGUAAAUUGUGUAAUUCUACCUGAAGAAAACAAAAAAGAUUACAAUGAUCUUCCUAAAUACAUUACAGACGGUCUGGAAGUUCAUUUUGCCUCAACUUUUGAAGAUGUAUAUCGCAUAUGUUUUGCACCACAGCAAGAAAGUGAUACUAUUCGUCAUGAAAAAUCUUUAAAUCUUGAUAUUUCAUCGCCACAAAGCGCACCACUUUUAGAGAAUUGGCUAAACCAGAUAACAAUUCAUAGGGAAGACGCAUUUGAUAUUUUGGAGGAAGUUCACCAGCCAUAUGUUGGAGUUGUUCCACCAAAAAAUAUAGUUUCCUUUGAAGAUCUUGUGGAGUUGGAGCAGUAAUAUCCAUUGCUUCGUCAUAAAAAACUACAAAAUUUAAGCAAAAUAUAGAUCUCUAAAAUAUAGAAAUAUGUGUAAAAUAUAGAUUUAUGUGGUAGUAUUUACCACAUUUACAUGUUAAAAAAUAAAAAUGAGGUUAGGCGAAAAUAUUUCUUUUUAUUAAGGCUACUCUAAUAAAAUUUUUUAAUUUAUAAUUUUCUAACUAAAAAAUAAUGUAUAAUCAAAGUAUUAAAAAUAUUACUUUAUUAAAAUAUUAUUUAACUAAAGUCUUGUUCACAAUGAACACUGUACAGGAAAUGUAAUAUUCUUUCCAUCUUUUAUCGCAUAAUGUGAACACUGUACAAGUCGUAUUAAUGUAUAUAAAUCUAUGUGACGUCAUGCGGCCUUUACGGUACGGAACUGGCAACUCUGUUUAAUACAUAUACAAAUCAUACUAAAAAUAAUUCUUGGAAUAAAGUUUUAAACAUUUUGACACUUUUGAAUGCCGCAGCUUACAUUUUUAAAAUGAAUAUUAAAUUUCCAAGUUUCUCUUAAUUAUUAAUAUAUAGAUUUAA